CUGCCACCAAGGCCACUCCCCUCCAGGCCCUCAAGCGCCAGCAGAUGUCUUCCAUCGUCAAUGCCACCACCCGCCAGGCAUUCAACCUCCAGAGCCGCCGCGCCUACUCGUCCGAGAUCGCCCAGGCCAUGGUUGAGGUGUCCCGUAACAUUGGUAUGGGCACUGCCGCCAUCGGUCUGACUGGUGCCGGUAUUGGUAUCGGCCUCGUCUUCGCCGCCCUCCUCAACAGCGUUGCCCGCAACCCUGCUCUCCGCGGCCAGCUCUUCUCGUACGCUAUUCUGGGUUUCGCCUUCGUCGAGGCUAUUGGUCUUUUCGACCUCAUGGUUGCCCUCAUGGCCAAGUUUGUGAGUUUCGCCAGGCACGCAAUACCACUCUCUCUGUGGCCGAGUACUGACCAGCUCCUCUCCAGACCUAAACGUCUCAUCCGCUUGCGGACGGGAGUUGAGGCGACACCUUCACUGGCGGCUCGCCUGUGUGUCUGGGUGGAUGAUGUUGGGGGUAGUGCCCUGUCGAACAGUCUAUCAACCCAAACUAGUCUGAUAGGACGGGCGAGAGAGGUGCAUUGGAUAGAGUGUGUUGGGUAUAGAAUCGCUGCAUAGGGCCACGGCAUAGAACGAUAGACCUUAGACCGGGGGGAUUCCAAAAAGCGUCGGAACUACCGACAUGUACCAUAGGAUCGGCGAUUCUGUCUCAUCCCUAAGGAAGACCAUCCAAGAAAUAUUUCAUUUCAUUCUGUCCU